AAUUUAUUGUGUCAUUAUCUGUGCAACUUUUAAUUCGUCGUCGCUGACGGUCGAAUAUUUGUUGUUAUUUUUAUUUUCUACUUUUUUUCUGUGUAGAAUUUAUGUAAAAAUAUCUGUGAAUUUGGUUUUACUAUGUCUGAAGAUAAUUUAACUGUGAGUGAUACCUCAGACAUCGAGGAAGGCGGGAAUGCUGAGCUUCGUGGAUAUCUGAGUAAAUGGACAAACUAUAUUCACGGUUGGCAGGACAGGUUUAUUGUUUUGAAGGAUUCAACUUUAUCAUAUUACAAAAGCGAAUUAGAGAGCAAUCUUGGAUGUCGCGGUGCCUUAUGUCUGAAAAAAGCUAAAGUUAAGCCCCACGAGUUUGACGACUGUCGUUUUGAUGUUUCCGUCAGUGAUUGCGUGUGGUACUUGCGAGCCUCGAAUCCCGAGGAGAAACAGCAGUGGAUUGAUGUUUUGGAGUCAUUUAAAGUGGAGUCGGGAUAUGGCACAAGCUCAGACAGCAGUUCCAACGGCGGCGGUUUGCGGCGUCACGGGUCCGUCACGUCCUUACAGUCGACGGGUUCCCAUGGACGCACAUCUCGCCGGCUGGCCGAAAAGAUAGCCGAACUGGACACAUACGGCGAACUGCUUUCAAAACAAUCGACACAACUACAGCAGUACUUCGACAUGUGCGUGGCCAAGCUACCGGAGAUCGGAGACGACGUCACCGAGGCUAUCGACGCCGUUGAGUUGGCUGAUGGUAACCCGCUAAGCCUGCACGCAGGCGAAGUGCGCGCGACGAGCACGUCGUUCAAGGCGACGGUGGCCGCGACGCUGGGCACGCUGCAACACUGCGCCUCGCUCAUGCGCCGCCGCGAGCGCCAGGCGCGCCAGGCCGAGGAACUCUACAUGGCUUUGAAGAACCAGCUAACAGAAGCGAGGUUGGCGUCAAAACCAGGCCCUGAUCACGAGGAGGGACCGCACUCGACGUUGCCAGACGAUGAGUUCUACGAUGCCGUGGAGACAGGGUUUGACAAGAUGGAAGAGGAGCGGUGUGCACGCGUGGUGUCUCCUACCGUACACACGCGAGACCAGGUCGACCUACCGCCCCCUGCUAUUGAUAACCGGCUCACCGUACACCCGCUGUGGACUGAGAUCGACAGAAUAUCAACAGAGCAGAUCCAAGCCGCGUUCGAGGACGUCGGAGGCGGCAAUGGUUGGCAGUUAUUCGCUGAAGAAGGCGACAUGAGGAUGUACAGGAGAGAGGUCGAAGUGGACGGGAUGGUGAUGGACCCCUUGAAGGCGAUGCACAAAGUGCGCGGAGUGUCGGCGCGCGAGAUGUGCCACUAUUUCUUCAACCCCCGCUACCGGUACGAGUGGGAAACGACACUAGAGAACAUGAACAUAGUGGAGGAAAUAUCGUCAGACACAUUGGUGUUCCACCAGACGUUCAAGCGCAUCUGGCCCGUCUCCCAACGUGACGCGCUCUUCUGGUCGCACGUGCGCGCCUCCGACGACGACACGUAUGCGGUCAUCAACCAUUCCACCACCAACCCCCACUACCCGCCCAACGCGAGCGGCUGCAUCCGUCUGUUCGUGACGGUGUGCCUGGCGUGCCGGAGCACGUACCCCGCGGGCGAGCAGCCCACCCGGCAGAACAUCACCACCAGCAUAGCCUACUGCAGCACAGUGAACCCCGGCGGCUGGGCACCGGCGGGCGUGCUGCGCGCCGUGUAUAAACGCGAGUACCCGAAGUUCCUAAAGCGCUUCACCGGCUACGUCGUCGACCAGUGCAAGGGCAAGCCUCUCGCCAUCUAGCGGCAGCUCACACACCCUAUCCAGGGAACUGUCACUUGACUUACUGUGAGCCGAAUGGACUGUACGUUAAUCAAUCCUGGAUGUCGUAUGACGCUGGCAUACUGGAGAUUUCAACAAUCAAAAGCUGUUAAAGACGCGUUCACAUAAGGUUUUCGGCUCGUGGUGAAUUAACACCCGUGUGAUGAAGAGUUCGAACUGCGGCAGAUGCGACCGGCGAUAAGAUUAAUGUGAACGCGCUCUUAUGUCUUCAAUGUUUAAGUUGUUUACUUGUCACUGAAAAAAACAUUGACAAAGACCUACGUCUGAAUAAUACGAAUGUCUUCGGCCUUAAAAUGAAAUGACCACGUAUUAUGCACAUACAUUAUACAGAUGUUUUUUUUAAUCGUCUAGCUCUUCCCACGAACUGUAAUCUUUUUCAAGAUAAUUUUGACUGUUAUGACUGGUGUAGGCUUUGAACUGUUCGUAAAAAAUAUAAUGUUGGGAAAAAAUACAUAAGUCGUCAACAGAAUUCCCAACGGUCUUACGUUAUGUAGUAUAUAAAGUAUAUGGUUCAUUGAAGGGAUCAACGGCCGCUACAUGCGGUAAGUGAGGUAAAUUCCUAUUUGUAUUAUAUGCACGUAUUAGAUAUAGUCAACGAAAACAAAAUAACUAUAGUAGACGUACUCUGUUAAAGAUUAUAUAUUGACGUAGUUUUGCUAGCUGACAUAGAUGGCGCAUGUUGUA